UAAGAGCAACGAAUAAAAAGAUUAUGCCCAAUUUUGGCGCUCUAAAAAUUAUGACGUUCUAUAUGAAUUGUGCUGUAUUGCGCAAGACGAACAAAGUGGCUCCGGGUGGAACUGUUUGCUUGAAUGUCGGGCUAUGUCCUGAAGGAUAACAUUGCAUAAAGACACAAUCAGAAGGUAUGUGAAUGACGGACUAUUCGAAACGAUAUAGCAGUCCAAACUAAUGAUGUCAAUUACCUAACCAGUGAAGGAGAUAGCGAAUAAGAGGAAUAUAGUGAUAACGGACUGAAGAUCGGAUUGAAGCCAUUUUCUCCUGCGGACGAGGAGCGCCGUGACUGGGGUGUUGACGUCAUGAAUGUGGGCACGGCUCACAGCGAGGUGAACCCCAACACGCGGGUGAUGAACAGCCGGGGCAUCUGGCUCUCCUACCUCCUGGGCAUCGGCCUGUUGCACGUCAUCCUGCUCAGCAUCCCCUUCGCUAGCGUACCCAUGGUUUGGACCCUCGCCAACAUCAUACACAACCUGUGCAUGUACCUGUUGUUACACUUGGUGAAAGGAACUCCAUUUGAGACUCCCGACCAGAGCAAGGCUCGCUUCUACACAUACUGGGAGCAGAUGGACUAUGGUGUCCAGUUCACUGCCUCACGCAAGUUCCUCACCAUCACCCCCAUCGUCCUCAUCCUCUUCCAGCCAGUCUGUGGGCAGUGGGAGUCUGGACUGCCGUGGUGCCUGAUGGGCUUGCUGGCAGCUAAGGCCCUAGUCCGUCAGUCUCUCGUUGACCUACCCUUUCUUUCUCUCCCUCAUACAUUCCUCCGUCUCCCCCUAGCUACAUCCUCACCAGCUUCUACACCAAAUACGACCAGGACCACUUUGUGGUCAACACGGUCUCCCUGAUGACCGUGCUCAUUCCCAAGCUCCCCCAGCUUCACGGAGUCCGGAUCUUUGGGAUUAACAAGUACUGAUGGGACGGAAGGGGACACCGCCAUUCCGCCAUCUCCCUGUGGACUGUGAGCACAGAGUAUCAGGCUCCUUGCUGUGGCCCCGGCCCAUAGGGAUGCACGGUCCCGCGCUGUCUCCCAAUGCUAUUUGAGCACUAUGCUAAAUCAAUCAAUCAAUCAAUCAAUUUUAUUUUAUAUAGCCCUUCGUACAUCAGAUAAUAUCUCGAAGUGCUGUACAGAAACCCAGCCUAAAACCCCAAACAGCUAGAAUGCAGGUGUAGAAGCACAGGUAAAUGAAGCCUAUGAGGGAUACACAAGACAAAAACUAACACAGAGGCAGAAUUUAUUCACUGUAACUGUACAGGGCUCGGCCAGGUCCGAGCUCCAUGUGUUCCGAUUGAAGCUGUGCUGUGGCAUUUAUUUGUGGUUCCCUUUAUGUCCGAGUUGUUUUGAAUUCACAGAGAACACUGCAAGUGAGGCCUUUGAGGACAUACAGUAGUAUGAGAUGUUUUUAGAUUGAGUUACAAUGUGGAGAGGAGAAACCUCUGAACGGUUUGGUCCUGAGAGAAAUGAGACGGAGACAUUUUGCACCCCUGGGGACAUUUUGAAAGUUAUGGCACUCCGCUAUGGACGAUGCCCUCUAGAAUUACCACUCCAGCUUUAUUUUGCAUCUUUUCCUCAAAAGGCUCCUCUUCUCUUUCUCUCGUAAGAAAGGACAGAUAGCUAGAGGGAGGGUUAGCUAGCGAGUUGCUCUGACUGUCGCAGUGGUCCGACGAGAGGGAAUAACAGAAUGACGGUUUGUGCAGUUUGUGCCGUCAUUCUCUUACCAAAAUUUGCACCUGCACUGUUCUUCAAGUAAAUGUGUUUUUGUAUCAUUUUCAGUGUACAUUUUUAAAAGUAAAACAUGUUAAUGUACUACUUAAGUCGUUUUUUGGGGUAUCUGUACUUCACUUUACUAUUUAUAUUUUUGCCAACUUUUACUUCACAACAUUCCUAAAGAUAAUUAUUUACUUUUUACUCCAUACAUUUUCCCUGACAGCCAAAUGUAUGUGUUACAUUUUGACAGGAAAAUGGUCCAAUUCACACACUUAUCAAGAGAACAUCCCUGGUCAUCCCUACUGCCUCUGAUCUGGCGGACUCAAUAAACACAAAUGCUUCGUUUGUAAAUUAUGUCUGACUGUUGGCUAUCCGUCAAUAAAUAAAAAUGAGAAAAUUG